CUGGUUUCCAGAAUUGUGUAUUUGAACGGACUUGUUUUUAUUCCGGAACCGGAAAAUGCGUCGCUAUUUAUAGACAUUGUUUGCUGCUGGCCCGUGGUGAAUUUUUGAAAGAAAGUAUUGUGUCAUUUAACACACAUUAUUUAUGAUAGGAGAGUUUUGUAAAGAACAACAAGUUAUUAGAUAGCAUCUCAUAAAGAUGGAGAAGGGGAGGCGGCGCCGAAACCUGGACCCUUCCCCCCCAACGCGAGAAACUAAGGUUAAAGUUAAACAGGAAAAACUGAGCCCGGCAAGGCCGCAGAAGCCCCGCCGCUCGAGUUCGGGAUCAGACCGGAGCGGUGGGAGCCCUCCGCCACACAGGAGAAGAGGCAGCAGAUCACCUGCUAAAAGAAGAGAGAGGUCCCCUAGGCGAAGAGGGAGUAGGUCGCCUAGAAACAGGAGAAGCAAGAGUCCACGUAAUGCCGACACCAACAUAAAGCGGGAACAUGAAGAUCACCAUAGAGGGCAUGAUGAAAAGAGACACAGAGAUCGUUAUGAUGUGCCAGAUGACAGGCGAACCAGAGAAGAGCCCAGAGAGAGACAUAGAGACAGAGGAGGGGAGCAUGGAGACAGGCAAAACCGGGCAGGGGCAAGAGGGAGGGACAGGGAUGCGCAGAAUUUCCAACAGCAGCAGACUGAAAGGGAGCAGCAUGAUGAAAGGAGACGGGAGAAUCGCAGAAGAGCCGACGUGAUCAACAGUGAUGUGGAAAACCAAGAAUUCGGUGAAGGUGGGACUGAGGACAAGAAUCAAGUGGCUAAAGAAAACCCCAAUUUUGAACUGUCUGGGGCAUUGGUGGAGGAUACGAAUACGUUCCGAGGAGUUGUGAUCAAAUACAACGAGCCACCUGAGGCCCGCAUUCCUAAGAGGAGGUGGCGGCUCUACCCCUUUAAAAAUGAUGAACCCCUUCCAGUAAUGUAUGUUCAUCGUCAGAGUGCCUAUCUGAUGGGGAGACAAAGAAAGAUAGCGGACAUACCCAUUGACCACCCAUCUUGCUCCAAGCAGCAUGCUGUUUUUCAGUACAGGCUCGUGGAGUUUACACGUUCUGAUGGCACAGCUGGCAGGAAGGUAAAGCCUUACAUCAUAGACCUGGGUUCUGGUAAUGGGACCUACCUGAACAACCAGCGUAUUGAAGCCCAGCGCUACUAUGAACUGAAAGAAAAGGACGUACUGAAAUUUGGCUUCAGCAGCAGAGAAUAUGUCCUGUUACAUGAAUCUUCAGACACGGCCGAGGUUGACGCAAAGAAGGAUGACGACGAUGAAGAGGAUGACGAAGGGCUUGAUAAAUAAAUGUAUUUAAGGUGUGCCAAAUAGAUGGACCUACUGACUGAGGAAAAGUUGAUAUCUAAUUAAUCAUUGUCCUAACAGGACUACAGAUUCCUAGGUCUCAGGACUUUUGUAAUAGUGCUUUUGUAAAUAACAGUGAAGCAGUAUUCUUUGUAAAAGCCCCAUUAUAUAAACCCUGUGUUUCUCCAAAAUCCAUUCAGACUCAAAUAUACUAUCAAUGUGAAUUUUUCAGUUAGACAAUUUUAAAUAAUCAGGUUCAAUGGUUUGGAGUUCCAUAGGGAUUAAUAAAAACCUUGAAGCUUUGUAACCACCAAAUGAUCUGAAGACAGUUGCCUCGGACCCUUUUAUAAGAAUUUAUUUUUUAUUUAGUAAAGAAAAUCGGGUCUAGUAAAAUAAUCUACUAUUCAACUUAUUUGUUUCUUAUACAAGUGUUUGUUUGUUUGUUUUGCAGGGGAUGGGGGUGAGGUUAUUUGUAUAGCUGUAUUACUAGCAUCAUACAGAUGUAUUUGUAGCUUUCUUAUGUUUUUAUACCGCCCCAAUGCAGAUUUUUUUUUCAUCUGGCUCUGGAACAUAUUUCUCAUGCUUUUUUUAAAAAAAAAGCCAGCCCUGUAUAACAAUUAUAUUUUACAUCAAUUUUUCUGUUUUUGUAGUGUAAAUAAAAACAAUGAAAAGCAAGGUGUUUUUGACAA